AUGGCAAAAGCCGAAGACAAAGACCUCUACGACCAAACAGUGGAAAAAGCCCGCCGUCUCGCAGUCUUCGGUUUCGGCACAGCAAGGCUACAAGAAGCUGAAGCACGAGAAGUCACUACAAAGGCUCUCAAACCUCCAUACAGUCUUAGACACCUGGAGACUCCAGGAGAGAAGAAAUACGCCUUCAAUCAAGAAUUCAUCGAGAGAUAUUACCAGGAAACCUUUAAAGAACGAGUCACUGGAGAUAGCUACCGCCAUCGCCACCCCAAUCGACCCCGGUUCCUCCCGCGAUUGUACUAG